AUGCAAAAGCAAUAGCAGGACUAUCAAUCUGCUAAUAUUAUGGCAAACUAGAAUUACAAGUAUUCAGGAAGUAAUUAAAAAUAAUACAAAACUCCUAACAUGAACGAUACUCUCUCAUAGGCUCCGACUACUUCUCACUCUGUGGUGGGAAAUGCUGAUAAUGAUGGUGAAUAAUCUUUUUUCAAUAAAGGAACUAAUAAUAGCCAAUCAAUAAACAAUGAAUCUGGAAUAAAAAUUUAGGCCAAGUUACUAAAUCCUUAACAAAAGAGGCGAAUAUCUGAAUUUCUUGAUAGAUUUCAAGGAAAAGUCAGUUAAAUUUCCAAAGAUGGACACUUGGGUGUAGUUGCAAGAACCAGUAAGCCAAUCGAGAAAGUAAUGGUGGACUAUCAAAAUGGAGAUGAAAGUUAAAGUGUACUUGAAGAGGAAAGAAAUUCAAAGCUUUCUAACCUUAAGAAUAAGAAGUUAGUAAUUAAAAACAAAAUGAAAAUACCUUAAACUCUGAAUGCCCGCAGUGAGGCUAAUUUGAAUUCAACCUAGGAAGAUGAUGAUAAUACUAAUGGGGGGAGUAAGAUCUUAAUAUCUAACUCAAGGCAUUUAAAAAAAUCAAAUUAGAUUAGUGAUUAGAUCCAAAAGUUCGAAUAAAAUAAAGCUAUGGAAGUAAAAUAACAUACUCCAUAAAUUAUUGGAAACAAGAAAAAAACCUUGACAUCAACUUAGAUGUAAUCAGUUUCAACUCCUGAUCAGAAUAGCAAUAAUCAAUUUAAAAGUGCAUAAGGUACUCAAGGUUAUAAUACACCCCUGAGAACCCUAAGUAAUUAACCUCAAAUUUCCCUGAGUAAUACCUUCUAGUAUAAUCCACUUUCAUUUACCCAGAGUUAAAACAAUCAAUUAAUGAACCUAAAUAAUCAAUAUAACCAAGGCUAGGCGUUUACUUAAAACCCAUUAAUGAACAGCUAAAACUUUAAUCAAAAUGAAUACAAUACUAUGAAUAUCAAUAAUAAUCAAGGAAGCAGCUUUGCAUCUCAGUUUCAGCAAUAAAAUAUGCAAAAUUUAUUGUAAAGAUAGAGGAUCAGUAGCUUCAAUCAGAAUCAAAAUCAUUUUAGCUAAAUGUUAGCUUCCUCAAUGCCUCAAUCAAAUUACUAAGAUCUUAUAAGAUAGAAUAACAAUAUUGGUCCUAUGAAUAGAGGAUUCAGAUCUAACUCAUUGAUGGUGGAUACUAGAAUAAACGGGCCAAGUUUACUUAACACAUUUUAAGGUCCAAUAUUUACUCCUUUUUAACAAUUCGGGACAAUGACAAUAGUACCUCAAUCCGCAUAAAUGUCAUUUUCUUCUACUGAGAAGUUUGUAAUGACUCCAAAGAAUUAGACUACGAAAGGCACUCACUCUCUUUCCCGAAAAUAAGAAAAUCUUACAUUCUCAGGUGUAGGUCAGUCAAUAAUGCAUAAAACAGAUUAUAACAACUACGACUUAAUUUCAAACAAAAGACUCUUCAGUAGAAGUGGUGGUCUUGGCCCUGCAAAUGUAGGCUCAGAAGAUUGGAACAGAGCUAAGGAAAAGUAGGAAAGAAUGUAAAACUUUAUAAAGUAAAUUAAGCUAAAAGAUGACAUAUAAUGA